CUCCACCGUCCAAAAAACUUGCUCGAGAGAGAACAUCGCAUCUCCACCGUCUAAAAAAAAACUUACUCGACACAACCGCACUGGGUUGUGUUAUCAGGAAAAGGAAAUAAUAAAUACUCUGUCGCCCACUUGAUCGCAUCUUCAUCAAACUUUCUUCUUCUUCCUCAUCGACUCUCCUCCCGACGCGUGUCCUCCUCUCCUCACUCCCCUUCUUUCUAUCUAUUCUCUCCCCCCCCCCCUCCCUUCAUCUCCUACUCUUCCUCCGAUCUUCUCUUUCAAUCCAAUCUCAAUCCUAUACCAUGGAGGAUCCCGACAUCAAGAAGUGCAGACUCACUCCAAAGAUGAUCAUCGCAACUCCUCCUCUCUUAAUCUCCGUAGAUGACGUCAUCGAGCAAGUCAUGCCGUACAUAACCGACUCCAACGAUCGAGACUCGGCCUCCCUCGUGUGCCGCAGAUGGUUCAAGAUUGACUCCGAGACCAGAGAGCACGUCACCAUGGCCCUGUGCUACACCUCCACACCCGAUCGCCUCAGCCGCCGGUUCCCGAAUCUGAGGUCGCUCAAGCUCAAAGGGAAGCCCCGCGCGGCUAUGUUCAACCUCAUCCCCGAGAACUGGGGAGGGUUCGUGACUCCAUGGGUCAACGAGAUAGCUGCGUCGCUACGGAGGCUCAAGUCGGUGCACUUUAGGAGGAUGAUUGUUAGUGAUUUGGAUCUGGAUGUUUUGGCUAAGUCGAGGUUGGAUGAGCUUGAGGCUUUGAAGCUUGAUAAGUGCUCUGGGUUCUCUACUGAUGGACUGUUGAGCAUCGUUAGGCACUGCAGGAGAAUAAAAACAUUGUUAAUGGAAGAGAGUUCUUUUCUUGAGAAAGACGGCCAAUGGCUACACGAGCUUGCUCUCCACAACACAUCUCUCGAGGUUCUAAACUUCUACAUGACUGAGUUCAACAAAAUCAACCCCAAAGACUUGGAAACCAUAGCUAGAAACUGCCGCCGCUCUCUGAUCUCUGUGAAGGUCGGCGACCUAGAGAUUCUGGAACUAGUUGGGUUCUUUAAAGCUGCAACUAACCUUGAAGAGUUCUGUGGUGGCUCCUUGAAUGAGGAUAUUGGAAUACCCGAGAAGUACAUGAACCUCACUUUCCCACCAAAACUAUGCCGUUUGGGCCUCUCUUACUUGGGAGCUAAUGAAAUGCCUAUACUGUUUCCGUUCGCUGCACAAAUCCGGAAGCUGGAUCUGCUUUAUGCGUUGCUGGAGACUGAGGAUCACUGUACACUCAUUCAAAAGUGUCCUAAUUUGGAAGUUCUUGAGACAAGAAAUGUAAUAGGAGACAGGGGUCUAGAGGUUCUUGCACAGCACUGCAAAAAGUUAAAGCGGCUAAGGAUUGAACGAGGUGCAGAUGAACAAGGAAUGGAGGACGAAGAAGGCUUAGUCUCACAAAGAGGACUAAUCGCCUUGGCUCAAGGCUGCCAGGAGCUAGAAUACAUGGCUGUCUACGUCUCAGACAUAACCAACGAGUCUCUCGAAAGCAUAGGCACCCAUCUGAAAAACCUCUGCGACUUCCGCCUUGUCUUACUCGACAGGGAAGAGAGAAUCACAGACCUGCCACUAGACAACGGAGUCCGUUCCCUCUUGAUAGGGUGCAAGAAGCUCAGACGCUUUGCGUUCUAUCUCAGACAAGGCGGUUUAACAGACGUGGGGUUGAGCUACAUUGGAAGGUACAGCCCCAACGUGAGGUGGAUGCUUCUCGGUUACGUUGGCGAAACAGACGAAGGGCUGAUGGAGUUCUCAAGAGGCUGUCCGAGUCUACAGAAGCUAGAGAUGAGAGGGUGUUGUUUCAGCGAGCGAGCUAUCGCUGCAGCGGUUAUGAGGCUGCCUUCGUUGAGAUACUUGUGGGUACAAGGGUAUAGAGCAUCGACGAGGGGACAAGAUUUGAGGUUGAUGUCUAGACCGUACUGGAACAUUGAGCUGAUACCGUCUAGGAGAGUACCGGAAGUGAAUCAGCUCGGAGAGGUUAGAGAGAUGGAGCAUCCGGCUCAUAUAUUGGCUUACUACUCUUUGGCUGGUGAGAGAACAGAUUGUCCACCAACUGUUAAAGUACUAAAGGAGGAGACAUGAUGAUGAUGUAUGAUGAUCCAAAGCAGGUUUGUACAUAAAAAGUUUGGUUAUUAUAUCAUUUUCAGUCUCUGAGUUUUGGGGGUUACCAUGAGCUGUGUGAUGUGAUGAUGGCUUCUUUUUGUUGGUUCUCUUGUUUGUUGUCUGGUUAGUGGUUUUUGAGAUAUUAUAUAAGUAUCUUUGUUUGUAAGAGAGUAUAUUACUUUUUUUUUUUACUUCUC